GUCGUUUAAUACAAGGUCUUUACCCCGUAAGCCAAUACGGGGAACAGUCUUACCCCUCACAGGAGCUUUUAAUAACUGCGUAACUUUUGAGGAUUCAUCGUAACCACAAAUUAUUACCGCGUUGUCGAUGGCACAAGCACCGAAAACUUGGCUAAUUACUGGCUGCUCCAGCGGUUUUGGUGCUCUGUUUGUGCGCCAACUUCGCGAACAGGGAGACCAUGUCAUUGCUACCGGUCGCAAUGCCGAGACAAGACUUGCUCAUCUCAAAGAUACUGGAGCGAUAAUCUUUGACCUCGAUGUGACGGCACCACCAGAUGUUAUUGAAGCCAAGAUGGCCGAGGCGUGGAAUCUAUACCCAACCGGUAUUGAUGUGGUUGUCAAUAACGCCGGCUAUGUUUUAAGCGGCGCCGUCGAAGAAUUGACACAAGAGGAUAUGGAAGAUGUCUUCAAGACUAAUUUCCAUGGUCCACUGAACAUCACGCGCGCACUUCUGCCUCGGAUGCGGGCUAGAGGAGCAGGCACGCUCUUAUAUAUAAGCUCACAAGCAGCGUGGCAUGCUGACCCCAGCGCUGCUGGAUACUGCUCAUCUAAAUUUGCUCUUGGAGGUGCGAUCGAAUGUCUUGCUAAGGAACUUGCCAUUUUUGCCCCGGGACUGAAGCUAUUAAUUGUCGAGCCUGGUUACUUCCGCACGAGUGCGUUUAAGAACAUAAAGCAUGUAGACCCACGCCGGCAGGAUUACGCCGAAUUCAACUCUGCCGUACGAGCUGUCGAAGCCAGCACGGUUGGCAACGAGCCCGGGGAUCCCGACAAGGCGGUUUCAAUCAUGAUCGAUUUGGUAAAAGGUACCGGCGUGGCAGCGGGAAAGACUGUGCCACUUCGAGUUCCUUUAGGGACAGAUGGCUGGGAGAGAAUCAGGGCCAAGUGCGAGGAUAUGCUAAAGGUCUGCGAUGAAUGGGAGGAGGUGGCUAAGAGUACCGAUUUGAAGUAACCAACAGCUGUGCCAGGCGAAGGG